AUGACUUCUUUGACUUCGUCUGCUACAGCUCCAGCAACGCCAUCCUCCAUAACAUCUACGACGUCAUCCACCUCGGUACGUCUCGCACCAAACGCUCAAUCAGACUCAAAUACAGCCUCUAUUUACACAAAGUCUCCACCCAACAAUGUGUCAUUAGGACCUGUCAUCACCCGCGCCCUUAGAGAUCUCGCCCUGAUCCUUCUCAAAAUUAUCACCCUCAUCAUUCCACAGGGACGUCAUUCCCCAAACCAAAAAGAAAAGCUGAUGAGCAUAAAUCAGCUUACCGGCUAUAAAUCAUGA